AAUCAGUUUGCGUUCGACAUCGUCAGCGUGAAGAUAUAGCAACAUCAGAGCUAGAUCACCAGUCUAUAUAGCGUCAAUCAGUUGGAUUAAACCCAGAGACCAUACACCGAACACCAUGCUAAUGCACGAGAAACUCAUGGCCGGGCAGUUCUUCGAUCUCAAGACUGAUCGCAAGCCCCUGAUGCACCACCACCAGUACCAGCACCACCAGCAGCAACCACUGCACCACUUGCCGCACAGCCAAUUGCCGGUUCAGGGAUCCUUGGGCCUACCCAAAAUGGAUCUGUACACGGCCUACGCCUACCAGCAGCAGUUGCUGGGAGCUGCCCUCAGUCAGCAGCAACAACAGCAACAGCAGCAGCAGCAACAUCAGCAGCUGCAGCAGCAGCAUACCUCCUCUGCAGAGGUCCUGGAUCUUUCCCGUCGAUGUGACAGCGUAGAGACACCCAGGAAGACUCCCUCGCCGUAUCAAACAAGCUAUAGCUACGGCAGUGGUUCCCCCUCGGCUUCGCCCACCAGCAAUCUUCUGUAUGCCGCCCAAAUGCAACAGCAGCAACAUCAGCAGCAACAACAGCAACAGCAGCAGCAGCAACAAUUAGCCUCCCUGUAUCCCGCUUUUUACUACAGCAACAUCAAGCAGGAGCAAGCCACGCCCACUGCUGCUCCGCCCAAGGUUACACCAACCGCUAACCUUCUGCAAACCUUUGCUGCCGCCUCUGCUGCGGCCGCCGCUGCUGCUGCCGCUUCUUCGACCAACUCACCAAGACCCGCCAGCAACGCCAGCACCAUGCAGAUAGACGUUCUGGAGAAUCCCCUGUCACCGGCUGUUGAGGCCACCACGCCAACCACCUCCAGCAGCGGCGAGGCGGGAAAGAACACCCGUCCCUUCAAGGCCUUUCCCCGGGAUCCCUUGGUCAUAGCUGCCAAUUUCGCAGCCACUGAUGUCCUUUUGGACAAUCCGCGAGUGGAGCGCUACACGGAAUACCGGAAGCGAGUGCUUGAGCAAAUCCGCAGCUCCAACGGAGGAUCGCGCACCGUAACCAACCCAAAAAUGCGAAGGACCAACUCAAGAAGUGGAUCCGUCAACGAAGGCAGCUCCUCAAACAACAACAGCGAAAGCGAGGAUCGCGCUGCUGCGGAGGAGUCAAGCGACUGUGACUCCCAGGCGGGCAACUUCGAGAGCAAGUCCGCCACCAGCAGCUCCAGCAACUUGGCUAACGCUACUGCAGCAAACUCGGGCAUCAGCUCGGGCAGCCAGGUUAAGGAUGCCGCAUACUACGAGAGGCGUCGCAAGAACAAUGCUGCCGCCAAGAAGUCCCGCGAUCGCCGCCGCAUCAAGGAGGAUGAGAUCGCCAUCAGGGCCGCCUAUCUGGAACGCCAGAACAUCGAGCUCUUGUGCCAGAUCGACGCCCUCAAGGUCCAGCUGGCCGCCUUCACCUCCGCCAAAGUAACCACCGCCUAAAGGUCCACUCCUCUCUUGAUGCGUUGAACGCGAGGAUCCGAAUCGUAUGUCCAGUUUUUGGGUCAGCUUAUCUGUGAAUAGUUUAGGGGGCUCAACUUUCUUUUUUUUUUACACGCUCGCAUUUAAGUACUUUAAGUCCUUGGAGUAUACGUUAUAUUUGGAAAAUGUAUUAGCUGUAGUGCAUCUCGCAAUCCCACCAGUUAACUAUCAAUGGAAUCAUCUAUAGUUGUAGAAGUCCCAGCUAGCUAUUAAUGUUUAACUUAUAAGUGAAUUUUUUUCAUAGCCCUAAGGAAUGAAUUUCAAUAAAUUAUCGAAAAU